AUGUGGCCGCGCCAUCCUGCCUCCGAAACCGCCGGCCAGCGUGCCCAGGCUCACGACGUCGACGAUCGCCCGCUCAACGCCGACGAAAAGACACCCGCCGAUGCUGCUGCUACCGACAAGAAGCGCAGCAGCGAUGCCAUCAACAAGCAGGACGUCAUUCGCCGGCGGCUGCAGACGGCGGGCGUGCUGUUCUGGGCGCUGCUGCUGCCGAUCUGCUUGAGCAUCUUCUUUCUGCUGCUGUCGAUACCCUACGCAUGGCCGAUCCUGAUACCCUAUCUGAUCUGGAUCAACUUUAUCGACGAUGCGCCCGAGAAUGGCGGGCGUCGCUUCUCGUGGGUGCGCAAGCUGCCCGUCUUCCGCUACUUUGCCGAGUACUUUCCCAUCUCGAUGAUCAAGACGACCAACCUGCCCGCGGACCGGCCGUACAUCUUUGGCUACCAUCCGCACGGCAUCCUCGGCGUGGCUGCGGUCGCCAAUCUCGGCACGGACGCCACCGAAUUCCCGGAAAGCUUUCCCGGCAUUACGCCGCACCUGCUCACGCUCGCCACCAACUUUACCAUCCCGCUCUUCCGCGACUGCAUCAUGGCCAUGGGUCUAUGCAGCGUGUCCAAGCGCAGCUGCGAGGCCAUCUUGCGCAAGGGCAAGGGCAGCGCCAUCGCCAUCGUCGUCGGCGGCGCCAGCGAGUCGUUGGCCGCCCAUCCCGGCACCGCCGAUCUCACCCUCCGGAGACGGCUUGGAUUCAUCAAGAUCGCCAUUCGCAACGGCGCCGACCUGGUGCCCGUGUUCUCGUUUGGCGAAAACGACGUGUACGAACAGCUCUCCAACGAAGAGGGCACCAAGAUCUAUGCGCUCCAGAAGCGGUUUCAGUCGCUCUUUGGCUUCACCCUCCCCUUCUUCCACGGCAGAGGCCUGUUCAACUACAGCAUCGGCUUGAUGCCCUAUCGCCAUCCCAUCGUCAGCGUUGUGGGCAAACCGGUGCAUGUCAAACAGAACCCCAACCCGACCAAGGAAGAGAUCGAAGAGGUGCAGACGCGAUACAUCGAAGAGCUCAUGAACAUCUGGGAGACGUGGAAGGACGCCUAUGCUGCCAACCGCACCAAGGAGCUCACCAUCGUAGCCUGA